AGCUCCGAAACUGCACCAUGCGCCUCCCCUGAGUGAGUUUGGAAUAAUCACCGGGAAUCCGUUUUUAGUCUAAAACAUGUUAUAAAUGACAACGCCUGACAAAAGAGGAACUCCCACGCUAUGGUUUUACUUUGUUUUAUCACUAUUACGGACAACCGCCUCCGCCGCUGCCCGACUGUAAUGACGCUUUUCGGAACUACACAGCAAAUGGACCAAGAUAUCAAGCAAGGAUGGAGGUGUGAAAUUUAACAACGUGGAGCAUAUUUUCUUGCAUCCUGCUGGAGAUACCUUUUCGAUGUGGGCGUUCACGGAUAACAGGAUUUUAAGUCAAAUCGAAUGAUGGCAUCACGUUGGGUUCAUUCUUGUGAAGAUGAUGAGAGACAACAAGCAAGAUCUUCUUUCUGUGAGAAUGAAUCUCCAGAGUGGAGCAACAUGGCUGAUUCUUCUCCAGGGCAAUUUCCAACAGAAGAGGAGUUCUCAUGGCCAAGACCUAAAACAGUGCGAUUGCGUCGAACUUCCCAAGGGUUCGGCUUCACCCUGCGUCACUUCAUCGUGUACCCACCAGAGUCAUCCAUGCACUACUUCCCGGAGGAAGAUCAUGGCCAUAGAGGGAGACCACGGAAUAGACUAGAACCAAUGGACACUAUUUUUGUGAAGCAAGUCAAAGAAGGAGGCCCUGCUCAUGGAGCUGGUCUUUGCACAGGUGAUCGAUUAGUGAAGGUAAAUGGAGCAAGCAUCAUCGGGAAAGCCUACUGUGAGGUUAUAUGCUUGAUCCAGGACAGUGGUGACUUUCUUGAACUUUGUGUGAUGCCAAAAGAUGAGGAUAUACUCCAACUGGCCUACUCGCAGGAUGCCUACCUCCGGGGCCAAAGCAGCUACAGUGGAAAUGCACGUCACAUUCCUGAGCCUCCGCCAGUAUGCUACCCCAGAAUAGACUGUAAGCCUCCGGGCAUGGCCCAGGCGACAGACUCAGCAGAGCAGGUCUGCCGAGGGCCAACAGCACCUCCUGACCAUGGGUACCGCAAGGAGAUCACUGUGCCUCCGUCUCCCCCUCCUCAACCAUAUCCAAAAAGCCAGAUGGCAGUGUGCAUGCGAAACGACAGCGUUAGGACUGUGGUGGUUCCUCCCGACGCAGUCCAUAUGGGGCGCAUGGGUCCAGCACACAGGAUGGACUUUAUGGAUCCUGUCUUUCUCAGGGGGAGGCCAGGGUCACUGGCUCAGUAUCCUCACUCUCGAAAGGCUGAUGGCUACCCCAGUGGUCCUGGAAUGCUGCCAUACAGUGGUCAGGCACCUCAUUACCCUGCCAACCAUCAAAACAUUGAUUGGCGCACUUAUCAAACAUACAGGGAGUACAUUGACAACAAAGGAAUUCAUUCCCAUGGUAGUCGGACUAUCCAGGAGAGGCUGGACAAUUUGAGAGCUAGUCAGACCCCCUUUGGCCCUACUCAUCACAUUCCCCAGGGAGACUGGGUCCCCAAGGGGAUACGACGCAGGAGUACCUCGCAUGAACGCUCAUACCAUGGACCUCCACCCCACUUUCAGGUUGCCCCACGCAGUGCUUCACAGGACCGCAUGAGCAGUGCAGAUAGACUCAGCCAAGCCCGGAAUUGGCCUCCUCGAAGUGUGUCCCAAGACGGCCUAAUGCACAAAGCACGGGCUCACUCCACAGACUAUGUUGAUCCUGCAGAGUUGGCUCGGCCCAUUGAAAGGAGAGCAGGGUGUGGAAGGGCAGAUCAAGGUACUAGACCCAGCAGACAGUCUAUUCCCAGACAGGCCAUGCUCUACAGGCCUUCUGUUGGAUAUAGUGGUGGCAUGAGGGGGCCACCCAACCCCUCUCUCUAUUCUAAAGGACAAGAUUCUCUUCAGACUCGCUCCUCACCCAUGCUUUCGGACAGACUGUCACAUUUCGGAAAAAGCACGAGUGCUGAACAUUCUCUUGUUGACCAAAGAGUUGCAGUAAAAGGAAACCAUUUAGCCCGGGCUACCCAACCAGGCCAGAACAGGAUACGGGCUGAAUCCAUGCAGCCUGUUGAAGCAAGCAGAGACCCAGCAUUAGUAGGACUUAGGUCUGCUUCAUGCUCAACCCCGAAACAGAUUCCUCAGAGGCCUAGCAUCCUCAAACCACCUCACCCAGACUCCCAGAGUCAGGUCAAUGGGCGAAGUCCGUCAGUGACAGGGGUUGUUCUUAGGGAGAAGCCCCCACCUGGAAAGAACCCCAGCCCUCUUCGUCACCCUUCCUACAUCCUGGCUGUAAAUGAUGACGGAGCAGAUUCCACAACAGAUGUGGUGGCAUGUUGGCUUCCCAAUGAUGCACGUCGAGAGAUUCACAUACGCCGCCUUGGUGAAAAACGUCACACCUCCUGCUCCAGCAACCUGGAUGAGUCUCUGGACUUAAUUCCAUUCAUAGAUGAGCCAACCAGCCCCAGUGUCGACCGGGACGCCGCUCCUAUUCCACCCUCGGCUGUCAUAUCGGUUGCACCAUCAAUAACUACAGGUCCCUCCAGCCCAGACUCACCCUGCCCUCCUAUUCGUCGUCAGUUGUCACAUGACCAAGAGUCCCUUAGAAGUGCUUUGCUGGAGUCUGAAACAGCCAGCAAAACAGAGCGCUCCAAAUCCUACGAUGAAGGUCUGGAUAACUACCAGGAGGAGGGCAGAGGGAGAUCUUCCAGUAGGCAUAUGCCCAGUCUCAGGGGCCUGAGAAAGGCUCUGGACGGGCAUAAACCUUCUGCAGACUCUGGAUCUCGAAGGGAUUCAUCUUCUGAUGUUUUUGCUAAUUCUUCCAAAGAAGGGUUGCUGAAUUUUAGGCAACUCAGUACAGAUAAAAACAAGCGUGUUGGUGGAGGAAUGAGAUCAUGGAAGCAGAUGUACGCUGUGUUACAAGGUCAAGCCCUCACCCUCUACAGAGACAGGAAGGAUGCAGUGUCUCACGCUUCCACGCCAUCUGAUGAAGACCCACUGCGAAUCAGCAUCAAGGCCUGUCUUAUUGACAUAUCCUAUAGCGACACAAGACGCAAGAAUGUGCUGCGACUUACCACAUCAGACUGCGAGUACUUGUUCCAGGCAGAAGGAAGGGACGACAUGCUGCAUUGGAUACGAGUCAUUCAGGAUAACAGUAACCCUGAUGAAGAGGAUGCUGCUGUGUUAAGUCAGGACCUGAUCAGUCGAAAGAUCAAAGAAUACAACAUGAUGAGUGCGCCCAGCAGCAGAUCUGAACCCUCCCCCAAAUCCUCCCGCCAGUCCCUCAGCAUCAAGCAAGCCUUCUUGGGAGGUAAAACAGACAGCAAGAGCCACAGCCCUCAUUCGCCCAAAACAGGAGAAGAUCGACGGGCUCUGAGAGAUGACUCCAGUCCACCACGGGACAGAGCUGCUUGGAAAAUUGGUAUUGCAGGCAUCAUGAGGAAGCCCUUUGAGAAAAAGACUCCAGCAGGGGUUACAUUUGGGGUGCGGCUUGAUGACUGUCCAGCUGCACAAACUAACAGGUUUGUUCCUCUGAUUGUGGAGGUGUGCUGUAAUGUGGUGGAGGAGAGAGGUCUGGAGUACACAGGCAUCUACAGGGUUCCAGGAAAUAACGCUGCCAUCUCCAGCAUGCAGGAGGAGCUCAACAGCAAAGGCAUGACUGACAUCGACGUCCAGGAAGACAAAUGGCGAGAUCUCAAUGUCAUCAGUAGUUUACUUAAGUCCUUCUUCCGAAAACUUCCAGAUCCUCUGUUUACAAACGAAAAGUAUGCUGAAUUUAUUAAAGCCAACAGAACAGAAGACUCAGUGGAGCGAUUAAAGGAGCUCAAGAGGCUGAUCCAGGAAUUACCUGAUCAUCACUUUGAAACUCUGAAAUUCCUUUGCGCUCACCUCAAGAAGGUGUCUGAGAACUGUGAAAAGAAUAAGAUGGAGCCUCGUAAUCUGGCGAUAGUGUUUGGUCCGACACUGGUCAGAACCUCUGAGGACAAUAUGGCCAACAUGGUCAAUCACAUGCCAGACCAGUGCAAAAUAGUGGAGAACCUCAUCCAGCAAUUUGACUGGUUCUUCACUGAUGAAUGUGAUGAGGACCCUGUUACCACAGCUGAGCAGGAGAGCACAGUGCAGUCUCAGCCUGUGCCCAAUAUCGACCACCUGCUCUGUAACAUUGGGCGCACUGCAGCUUCACCGGGCGAAGUCUCAGAUUCAGCAUGUAGUGACUCUUCCAAAUCAAAGGGCUUGUGGGGGUCAGGGAAGGAUCAGUGUAGCAAAGAGAUGCUGCGCUCCUCCUUCUUCGCCAGUCGCAAGCGCAAGAAGCCGAAGGACAAAGCUCAGCUCAGCAGUUCAGACGACGAUCUGGACUCUGUGUUCUCCAAGAAGGAGCAGCCAGAGGAGAGCCAGCCGCAGCCUCUUUGGUCCUCAGAUAGCCGGAACGAGGAGGAGGAGGAGGAGGAGGGGGAGACUGACGAAGCCAGUGAGAAAGAAAAGCACCGGAACAGCUCAGAGGAACAGCUCGACACACCCAACAGGAAGGAAUCUCUCUUCAGCAGCCUGCUAUCACAGCCCUCCCCCUCCCUGCCUCCAGAGCACAUGUCCUCCACCCUCCAAUCUAGCUCCCCUUACGCCUCACCCCCCCACUCCCCGAGUCUCAGCUACCGCAUGCCCAUGGCUCAUCAGUCCUCCCUGUCCGACCCGCCUUCAAACUACGACGACACAGUGUCCGACCUCGGUACGAUGAAUAGCACCAGCUCUCAGGCGUCGGUACCCAGAAUGAGGCGAGGCAGGGCGGCAGCUGUUGGUCCAGAAGCAGGCCCCAGUGGACUGGGAGCCGAGGUUUGCUCAAUCACCUCCGACUACUCCACCACCUCCUCCAUGACAUUCCUGACUGGAGCUGAGCUCAGCACCAUCAGUCCCGAAGUGCAGUCCGUGGCAGAGAGCAGGGGCGGAGAUGAUGCCGACGAUGAGAGGAGUGAGCUCAUCAGUGAGGGGCGGCCAAUGGAGACAGACAGCGAGAGCGACCUCUCUGUGUUUACAGUUGGGAAAAAUGAUCAACGGGAACUGCAGGAAGCCCCUCGACCCCUCUCCUCCCACAGGCUCAUUGAGUUUGACACGCUCUCUAGAAAGAAAGCGGCUCAGCAGAAAACAAACAGCGAGUCUUCUCUGGAGGGAGCUUGGAGUGAUAAAGAUUCAAACAGACUGUCGUGUGUGUUAGACUCAGUCAAAGGUCGCUCCACCGGCAGCCUCAGCUCCUCCUCUCGGGGUGAAUUAGACAAAGCAGAGCCUGCAUGGAAGCUGAAGAUCACCGACCGACUUAAGGUGCGUCUACGGAUGUCCGUUGACGACAUGUUCGGCGUGGGCAGCCAGAGGAGUCGAUCCCCGGAAGGCCGUAGCAAGAAGAAGAACAUCAGACGCAGACACACCAUGGGCGGUCAGAGGGACUUUGCUGAGCUGUCUGUUCUGGGUGACUGGCAGCACGUCGGCAUUGGAUCGGGCUCUCGGUCGGAGCUGUCGGCUGUGGACCAGCUAAAGCCAAAGUGCAGCUCUCAAGACUUCUCCAUCCGGGACUGGAUUGCCCGCGAGCGCCAUCGCACCAGCAACCCUGAGGUCAGCCUGGACCUUUCUGAGCAACAGGGGGCACUGUGCAGAGGAAUCUCCCAGAGCCUGGGAGCCUCGUCCUCCUCUGAACUCCCACAUCGACCGGCUGACGUGCUGAACGGGGAUAUUCCACAGAGUAAAAAUCUGAGCCUCUCUGCCACCGCACACCCUCAUAAACUCUCCAGUUCGCAGGUGGUCCAUUCGCGCUUCUAUCAGUAUCUGUGAGGGGUUGGAAGCGUGUGUGACUUUGUGUGUUCUCUGUUAUGAGAUGUGUACUUACUUGGGGGUCCGUCAUUAUACGUCUGUUGUGUGACCAAUAUAAGUGAAUGAGCAUGUUGUACAAAUAUUGUCUGGAGUGUCUGUAACCUGUGUGUUUGUGUGUGUGUGUGUGUGUGUGUGUGUGUGUGUGUGUGUGAGUGUGUGUGUGCUUGUGAAAAGAGAAUUACUGCACACAGGGAUUGGUGAUCUUGCUCAUGUAGAAGCAUGAAACAAAAUGUUGUUCAUACAUUUUUUUUGUUUGUUUUAAUUGACAAAUUACUUUGGGAUGGUUCAGCAGGAGGAUUUCUUCCCUCCUCAUUUUAAUCCCCAUUAUGCUGAAGACUGAGAAGGCCUGAUGCUCAUGAAACAACGAGCUUAUGAAGUUUGUGACAGGAAGUGUGUACUGGGACACUCGAGUUAAGAUUGUUUCAGGUUUUAGCAAAGUGGCUUUAAGGAUGAACUGACUUUUAGAAUGAAUAGGAAGUAGUGAAAAAAAACUUGAGAUUUUUAGUAUUGCAGAGGAGCUAUUUUUGUGUAAAGAAAGUUAUGAUGUUCAGAAUCGGUGAGUCUCUCAGUAACCAAAUGAAGAAUGUGCAGACAUGCUUGCUGUAAAACUGAUUUAAAGCUUUAGAUGCUUGUGUUUCAUUCUAAAGUGUAUAUACCCCUAUUUUUCUGUGUACUACUUGAAAAGUGUUUUUGGUACAAGCCUGUGUGUGGACUGCCUUCGAGCUCUUGCUGUCAUAGGGGCCUUUCCAAAGGUACAAACGUGAAGAGGAAACACUGGACUUAUGCAAAAUGGAAAGAGUUCUUUUUCAUCCCUGUAAUGUGGUUUCAAGAGCAGUGAACAACAUCCCUCUGAUGCAAACGUUAUGCUGUGUUAAUGUUCCUGGUUCGCAAACAUCAGAGGAAGAAAAAAAAAAAUGGGUAUCCAAUCAGAAAAUCAUGUUUCUUCACAAUAGGAAGUGCCUCACAAUGAAAUGUAAAGGGUGCCAUAUUGUCUUUGUUGAGACACAUGAAGAUGUUACUGUGAAUGACAUUUUUAUUGUUGACUCUGUCACUCUACAGGUUGUUACAAAAUGCCGAGCUUCCAUUCCUUAGGCAUUCCACUCUGGUCUUAACAUGUUUUUUUAACUUUUUUUUUUUUUCUCUCUCAUUUUUUGAUUUUAACAGAACUUGAAUUUUAAAUAUUCCUUGUAAAAUAAGUAACUUAAAUGUACAUAUAAUUGCCAUGUGUUAGCUGCUUUACUUUUCAUUUACAUCAAAUUGCAGGAUUGCUUACAGUAUUGUGAUGAUGGUAAUGAUGAUGCUCAUGAGGCCUGUGUGGGUGUUGUGGGCAGUUUGGUACUUGUCAGUUGGGGGGGGGGGGCAUUUGUACCAAUGCUGUGUUCCUCUGAUUGUUAGAGGGGUGUGAACGGACUCCUGAAACACUGGAAAUAAAUUUUGUCAAUGGCA